CAAGCAUAAGAAUAGCACGAAUUCCCUUACCCAACCCAAGAUAAAGACAGUACGAUAGAUUCCUCCACUUAGUUCAUAUCUCCGUGCAACGAGAAUGGUUAAGCCGCGUCACCUCCUCCGCCGCUACUGCUGCACCCCAGCAGUGCGCAUCACCCUCCCACGCAGCGCAACCACCCUGACUCCCACCCCGGCCCUCCGAUUCUCCUUUUCCUCGUCAUCCUCCUCCUUAGCCACUCCCAAAGCACUAAGCGCACAAUCCCUCCCCACCCUCGCCCAGAACCGCCGCACGAUCUACAAACUCGGCCGCAACCACGCCAUCCCGGACAGCCAGAUCGAGGAACUCGUGCAGCAGGCAAUCCUGCACGUUCCGAGCGCCUUCAACACGCAGUCCACGCGGCUGGUCGUGCUUCUGCACCGCGAGCACGAGCGGCUCUGGGACCUCGCCAUCGGCGUGUUCCAGGACCUGGUCAAGACGGGCGCCGUGCCGGAGCCGGUGUGGAAGAAUCAGACGCUGCCGAAGUUAGAGGGGUUCAAGGCGGCUGUUGGGACGGUCCUCUUCUAUGAAGAUCCGGCGCAUAUCGAGCCCAUGGCGGAGAAAUUUGCGCUCUUUAAGGACCGGUUUGAGCCUUGGGCGCAGCAUUCGAAUGCAAUGCAUCAGUAUUUUCUGUGGACGGGUCUUGAAGCGCUUGGGUUCGGGGCUAACUUGCAGCAUUAUAACCCCUUGAUUGAUGCGCCGGUGGCCGAGGCAUGGAAUGUGCCCAAGGAGUGGAAGCUCAGUGCGCAGUUGGUGUUUGGGAGUCCUGAGGCGGCGCCGGGGCCUAAGGAGCAGAAGCCUGUUGAUGAGCGGGUCAAGAUCUAUGGGAAGUUGUAGGUUCGUUGCUGGUCUGUAUAGCGGGCAUAGAUGGCUUUGGGGUUGAGAAUAGAAUGGCUAUAAGAUUAGGAAAUAGUGAUCUAAAUCUAGACUUUUGGAUGUACAAGAAUACGAUAAUAUCCCAGGACGCAUGGAGGACUUUUGCAUAUGAGUACAGGAUAGAUAUCACCGGACCUCUUGCUAGCUUUCGAAGAUGGAUUACGAGAAACGAUGCGUGACCUCUAUGAGUCUGUGAAGACCUUGUCAGUACUCACGCUCAUCAGCGGCCGGACGACACGUAGUGCUCACCUCUGGACAGG